UUUAGCAGUUCAUCUGCUAAGUUUAAUUAUAAGAUGAGACUUUUCAGGCUAUAAGUGAGCUUAUUAAACUGCAAAAAUACGUUUUUUUCCCCUUUGAACAUCUUAGGUGUGUUCUUGCAGUGUCGUUUCUCUAAUUCCAUGCUGCAGUUCUUAUUUAACGUUUUUUUCCCCCCGUUUUCGUAACCGUUUUCACAUGAAACAAAUCAUAAUAAUCAGUUAGAAAUGUAUUCUCUCUCUUAAAAUUUAACAUGAGGUAAAAUUUUAUGAGUAGGAGAGACAUGUCCUGAGGAAUUUUAGGGAUUUAUUUAAAUCAGGUUCCUACUUGUGGAAACUAAUCCUGGACUUUGCUCUUAUCGCUCUGCAAGGAGGAUGAGCUCACAUUAUUCAUCAGUGAAGGUAAAAACCAGAAGAAGAGUUCAGGUCAGGACAUCGUGAGCAAAUAAUAAAAAGAUUCAAUUAUUUACCUAAACUCUUUUUCAGAUAACAAUAUUAUCAACAAACCAGAAUAAAGUCUGUUUGUCCAACUGGGUUUCUUCUGCUCUGCUGUCAGCAGUGAUGUUUACAUCUGUUUUAUUAAACUAAGAACAUUUAUUUAAUCUAAACUUGGUUUUAGUUUCAGAAAUCGUGGGAAUAAACUACAAUUUAUCUUUGCCAGUUUCUAAUGAAGGAUAUUUACUGAUAUUCCCAUUUCCUGUCUUAAUUCACUUGUUGAUAUAGUCACUUUUUCAAAUAUUUUUAUGCAAUUCAGGAUUAGAAAAAUACUAAUUUAAAGGCUGAAGUCAUUAUUUCUACUAAAAUGCUAUUUGGGAUUUGCAUAAAUUCCCACAAUCCAAAUGGAUAACCUAGAAAUUUCCGGUUGUUUACAUUGUGUUCUGUGCUUCAAGCACUAAAAUAAACUUAUAGACACAAGCUUAUUUUGAGUUAAAACAUUUGAAAACCUGGUUUUUCAGGCAAAAAAUAUAACUGGACUCCACCAAAAUUCUGUGAAAUUCCACAAUCCUUAAUCAGUCACUGUUAGAACAUGUGACAACACUUAACUUCAACCCAGCAACCAGCGUCAGGGUUAUUUCUCCAUCUCCCUUUUCUUUACUUUUUGUUGUUCACAGUCAUUUUGCUGGAAUUUAGUCAUUAAGGGUGUUGAGUCUUCUUAACAAGAAGCUACGUAGCUUUUCAAAAUCUGAUAAAUUAAACAAAUGGACACAAAUAGUUUAAAUUUCAAUAAAUGUUAAAGCUGAUUUUUAGUUAAAUUUAUGAAAUAUUCCCUAUUUUUCUCUAAAUACACAUGUGGUAUUGUCACAUUUGGAGCAUCAUGCAGUUUUUACAUCUAUGUUAUUGCCAUGUUAUUGAAGUGCUGUUGCAAAAACUGUAAACAUUGAAGAUUAUUAAUAGAAGAUGUGCUCUUUUACAACUUUAUCAGACAACCAUGGCUGUCGUCGAGGACGACGACUACUACUACUAUGAAAAUGCUUCCUUCAACAUCAGUUAUGAUGACUAUCCCUCCGUCUGCGAGAAGGGAGACAUCCGUUCUUUCGCAGCCUUCUUCCUCCCUAUCAUGUACAGCGUAUGUCUGGUUGCAGGACUGGCAGGAAACAUACUAGUUCUGGCCGUCUACGUCUAUCACAAACGCCUAAAGACCAUGACAGAUGCCUUCCUGAGCCACCUGGCUGUGGCUGACUUGCUGCUGCUCCUCACGCUGCCUUUCUGGGCUGCUGAUGCUGCUAGAGGCUGGCAGCUGGGGGACAUCGUCUGUAAGGUUGUGUCGGGCUGUUAUACGCUAAACUUCACCUGCUGCAUGUUGCUACUUGCUUGCAUCAGUUUAGAUCGUUACUUGGCAUUAGCCAGAGUGCAGGGUAGAGCCCAGAGAGGGCAGCUGCAGAGGCUUUUCAUUAGGAAACACUGCUGGAAGUGGUGCUCAGCUGUCUGGGUGACUGCCUUCCUUCUUGGUCUUCCUGAUUUAAUCUUCUCAGAAGUGAUUAAAGCUUCCACCAGGAAUGUGUGCCUUGCCAUCUAUCCACCAUCCAUGGCUCAAGGAGGUAACGCCAUGCUGGAGGUGGUCGAGGUCCUUCUGGGGUUCCUGCUUCCUCUGCUGGUUAUGGUGAUCUGUUACUGGAGCAUGGGCAAAGUGCUAAAAGACCUUCCUGUUGAGAGCAGAGGCAAGAAGUGGAGAGCUCUACGUGUUCUUCUAAUAGCAGUAGGGGUGUUUGUCAUCACCCAGCUGCCAUAUAAUGUGUUGAAGGUGUACCGUGCAAUGGAUUCAGUGUACACAUUAGUGACCCACUGUGGAACGAGCAAAGUGCUGGAUCAGGCAGCUCAGGUGACAGAAUGUCUGGCUCUCACUCACUGCUGCAUCAACCCCGUCCUUUACGCUUUCAUGGGGUCUUCCUUCAAGCAGCACAUGAUGAAAGCGGCUAAAAAGUUUGGAGAAGGGAGAAGGAAAAGGACAAAAGAAACUCCGGCAGAGGAGGGAAUUGGCAUGUCCUUUAGCUCCCACAAUGAAGAGACAAACACCUUCUCAAUAUGAGUUAUUCUAAAUAAUUGUUCAUCACAGUGGAAUAGCAUGGAUAAUUUAUGGAAAAACCCUUUUAUAUUACUUUACACAUGUACUUCUAGUUUACAAAUACAAUUGUUUUUUAUGCAUCACUUUAUAAUGUGCUCUUAAAAAGCCUUUUGUUCUUCAAUGAAAAAUGUUUAGUUGAAAAUGUACAUUUUCUGCAAAAAUGUUUGAAAUAAAUGUAUUUUUUCCCUUUAAUCCGUAAGCAUUUAUUUUAAAUAAAAAUGUAAAUUGCUUUUUUUCCCUUCUGUGGCGCAGUAAUUAGAUUAUGAUGUAAUUUGUACUAUUAAAGGUCAACUUCACUGAAAAACCUAAUUUUAAUUAUUAUUUCUGUUUAUAAUCAAGUAUUCUGAGUUUUUCAUGCAGGCUGAAUGUGAAAAUCGUGUCCUACCAUUUCCUGCAUUAGCUUGAUAGAAAAUAGAUGAUGAAAUGCUAAAAUUUGAAAAUCCUGACAGAUCUACGUCUCACUCUCACUUAACAUUCAUGAACUCACCCAUCUUGCAAGGAGGAUGACUGUUGUUGAUUUAACGUCCAGCAAACAGCAAAGAAUGUCUCGGCUAGUAGAAGCUAACUGUUAGCAUUAGCAACUCCACCACACGGCAGAACUCUUUCAGACUUGUGUCAUUUGUGGAGAGAAAACAUCAACGUAGCAGAGCAAACAGAGUCAGCAGUAGAGUCGUGUUUACUGUUCUCCAAUCCAAGGUGAGAUGUCCAAAUAUCAGGGAAUAAAAGUCCAAAUCCUGCCGUUUGAAGCUCAACACUGAUGUGGCAAUUUGUUCUAGUUCCUGAAACUGGUGCACUUGAACUUUUUUCCCCAGAGUAUGACUUACACGGCAUUCAUUCUACAAGAGACCACUGAAACUGGAAACGUAUGGAUUAAAUAAGUGAAGCACAUCUUUAAAGGAAUAAAAAGUUAAACAAUUUAAAUGAACAACUGCACAUUGGUAUUGCAUUAAAAAAAGUUAAGGUGUCUAGGAUAAAUUUCAAAUGUCAAUAAAGAUAUGUUGAUAAGAAAUGAGCCGAUAGAUUAUUUCUAGAAUUAAGUUGAAAUCUUGAGAUUUUUUUUAUUAUUUCCAGAAGAAAUAACCCAUGUAUUUAUUAUUAUAUAUUCUGACUUCCAUAACAGACUUUCCUUUCAAACUUUACAAUAAGAGUCUCAAGCUGAGUGCCAUGUAUGGCUGCGCUUCUGUCCUGCCUGUACCUGUUUUGUGUCGUGUGUUUAUUCUUGGUAAGGUUGUGCUGUGGAGUCAAAUUUCUUUGUUCUAGCACGCUGAUGCAAUGACAAUAAAGCUGCUUGUGACUCAUGGCCAUACCAUUAAAUAUCUGAAGCAUUUGGAUUUAUUUUUAAUACUGUUUUUCUGUUAAACUAGUUUUGUUUUUACUUUUGUCUGAACAUGUCCAUUUUAAUUUCAGCACUCCCUCUAUUGUUUUCUUAACAGUAACACUCCUGUGUAAAAUGUAUUUAAUCUGAGUGGCUCCUAUUCAUCUCUUAAAUUGUGCUGCUUAAAAUAAAAUAAAAAAUUGGCAGGUAUUUUCUGAACCUUGUCUUAACUGAAACAGUUUAAAAACUUUAACUGAACUGUUUGUAGGUAAUUCUGAUAUGACCAACAGAUAUUUGUCUUGGAUCUCAUAGAAAAUGUUAAUCUCUGCUCACACAGCCCAACGUGCACAAGUCUUGAACUUUAGACUCCCAAUAACAAAGACAAGUUUUUUUCUGCUCAUUUAGAAAAACUC